GGCCCAUGGACGCUCCAAAAACAUAGAACGCAGGCUAACGUUAACUCUGGAAACUGUUUAUGUUCUUCAGGUUUCUGUUCAAAAAAUAAAUUUUUAACUUCAAUGUUUUGAAACAUACUUGGCCGUAUUCUUCAGUCGAUGUUGUUUCCUCACAGAAGAGUGCAGUUUUUCUUCUAAGCUGCUACAAUGAAGAGAAGAGCUGAUGCAGCGUUUGUACCGCUGCAGGGGACAAAGGGGCGUCACGACGAGAGCAGCUCAGACGAAGAGUCACAGUCCAGACAAGACUCCAGCCAAAAUGAGUCUCUCAGUGACCAGGAGGACCACAGACCCGGGUUCUCCAUGCCCUCCAUAUCUUCAUCCUCCUUAGAUUCCAAAGACAACGAUGACUCCACUCAGACCUCAAAGUUCUCCACGUACAACAGCGUGUCACAGAAACUUAUGGCCAAGAUGGGCUUCAGAGAAGGCGAAGGUCUGGGGAAGUUUGGUCAGGGGCGUAAAGAGAUUGUGGAGGCCUCCACCCAGCGUGGUAGAAGAGGUCUGGGUCUCACACUGCAGGGUUUCCAGGGGGAGCUCAACGUUGACUGGCGAGAUGAACCAGAGCCCAGCGCAAUAGAGAAAGUAGAUUGGUUUCCAGAGUGCACUACAGAGAUCCCAGACGCAGAUGAGUUGAGGGACUGGAUGACUCUUGCACAAAGAAAAAAUAAGAUUGAAGAUGAAACCGAGUUUUGCACAGAGAAUCUCCUGCACACACUUCUGCAGUGCAAAACAGUAUUUGAUGAUCUGGAUGGUGAGGAGAUGAGGAGAGCACGAACACGCUCUAACCCGUACGAGACGAUCAGAGGAGGCAUCUUCCUCAACAGAGCAGCUAUGAAAAUGGCCAACAUCGACCACUGCUUCGACCACAUGUUUACCAAUCCAAAGGAUUCUCACGGGAAAUCCCUGACGAGGGACCGCGAAGGUGAGCUUCUGUACUUCGGUGACGUCUGUGCGGGACCCGGAGGCUUUUCGGAGUAUAUCCUGUGGAAGAGACGCUGGCACGCCAAGGGCUUUGGCAUGACGCUGAAAGGUCCCUGCGAUUUCAAACUAGAAGAUUUCUACGCAGCUCCGAGCGAGCUGUUCGAGCCUUACUAUGGUGAGGGCGGAGUGGAUGGAGAUGGUGACAUUACUCGGCCUGAAAACGUGACUGCGUUCCGUAACUUUGUUAUGGAAAAUACAGAAAGAAGAGGGCUGCACUUCCUCAUGGCAGAUGGGGGUUUCUCUGUGGAGGGUCAAGAGAAUCUGCAGGAGGUUCUCUCUAAACAACUGCUGCUGUGUCAGUUCCUCACUGCUCUCUCUACACUUAGGCCAGGUGGCCAUUUUGUCUGUAAAACAUUUGACCUCUUCACUCCCUUCAGUGUUGGCUUGAUUUACCUCCUCUACCUCUGCUUCGACAGGAUUUCACUAUUCAAACCCGUCACCAGUCGACCUGCCAACUCAGAGAGGUACAUCGUGUGUCGAAGCCUGAAACCGGGCUCUGACGCAGUCAGACAGUACAUGUUCAGAGUGAACCUGAAACUGAACCAGCUCAGGAACAAAGACACAGACGUUACAGAAGUGGUUCCGCUGAGCAUCAUAAAGGACGAUACUGACUUUCACCAGUUUAUGGUCAACUCCAAUGAGAACCUCUGUGCGGUCCAGAUCAAGGCCUUGGCUAAAAUACACGCUUUUGUUGUAGAACCGACACUUUCAGAGCCGAGACAAGCUGACAUCAGGAAGGAGUGUCUUAAGCUGUGGGGGGUACCAGACAAGGCCAGGGUCGCUCCUUCUUCAUCAGACCCCAAAUCAAAGUUUUAUGAACAUAUUAAGAAUUCAGAUGUGGAUUUGUUCCAGAGUAAGCUCACGCCACUUGACUCCAGCACGCUCAGCAAGCUGCGGACGAUCUUUGACUACAGGUGCAUUGUGGGAGGCGGGGAGCAGAUCUUUCUUCUUGCACUGGGGAAGUCUCAGAUUUACACAUGGGAUGGGAAGAUGCCCGUACGCUGGACGAAAAUAGAGAAUUUCAAAUUAGAGCUGCCAAGAGAUACGCUUCUCAGUGUGGAGAUUGUUCAAGAGCUGAAGGGCGAGGGUAAAGCUCAGCGCAGAAUCAACGCUGUUCACGUCAUGGAUGCUCUGAUACUUAACGGCACUGACGUCAGAGAUCGACACUUCAACCAGCGCAUCCAGAUGGUGGAGAAGUUUGUGAAGGCGGUGGCUAAACCCAGCAGACCAGACAUGAACCCCAUCAGAGUGAAGGAAGUUUACAGGCUGGAGGAAAUGGAGAAAAUCUUUGUCAGACUAGAGAUGAAGGUAACAAAAAGUUCUGGAGGCGUUCCUCGUCUGUCCUACACCGGCAGAGAUGACCGACAUUUCCUUCCCACGGGUCUUUACAUCAUUAAGACUGUCGUUGAGCCGUGGACGAUGGCUUACAGCAAAAACUCCAACAAGAAGUUUUUCUUUAACAAACUAACCCAGCAAUCAACGUACGACAUGCCACCAAAUGCUGCCGCUCCUUUCCACGUUUGCCACUCUGAGCGACUCUUCUGGGCCUGGGUGGACGGGGUCAUAGUUCACGACUCUCAGACCCGGAUGGACUCUGAGAAACUUUCCAAAAAUGACGUUUUAUCCUUCAUCCACCAGCAUCACCAGCACUGAGCGAGGAUCAGUUCCUGAGAGCGUCUUCAGCUGUUCAGGGUGCACUCACUCGUGGAGCAUGCAGAACUUUGGACAAUGAUGCACCAGUUGAUUUGAUCAUGAAAGGACAAUUAGGUCUUUACAUUUAAAUGUUUUUUUAUGUUAUUGUUGGGUUUAAGGUCAAAUAAUAAACAGCUUUAUGAGCAUUUUGAGUUGAGAGGAGUUGUGG